AUGACUGACAACAAAGAAGUGAUGAAUAUCAAAGAUCAAAAGGAGAUUAAAAAGCGAGACGAUGUAAUCGGUUGGGAUGAUCUUUUCAUGGGGAUUGCAUUUAUGGCGGGAACAAGGAGUAAGGAUCCAUGCACUCAGGUCGGGGCGUGCAUUGUUGAUCAACACAAGAGGAUUGUUAGCGUUGGGUACAACGGAAUGCCAGAAGGUUGUCACGAUGAUAAAUUCCCUUGGGGAAAAGAUCCUAAUGAUCCUUUGAAAAAUAAGCACACUUUUGUUUGCCACGCUGAGUUGAAUGCCAUUCUUAAUAGACAUGGUGCUGAUAUAAGAGGUUCUACUAUCUUCGUUAGUCUUUUUCCGUGCAAUCAAUGCGCUAAGCUCAUUAUCCAGUCUGGCUUAAAAGAAAUUGUUUAUUAUUGUGACAAACAUGCCGAAAAACCAUCUACAAUUGCUUCUAAAAUGAUGCUUGAUGCCGCAUCUAUCAAGUACAGGGUAUAUGUUCCGGAAAAAAAAGUGAUUUUAGUUGACUUGGCUAAAAAGUUUGUCAGCUUAAUGACAACAUCAGCUGAAAUAGAACCAUGA